UUAUUUCCUCGGUUUUCGCAGGCAGAGAAAAAAUACAGCCGUGAUGAUUCAAAAGCGCAAAAUAGCGUGCCUGCUAUAUGUUGUUCUGUUCCUUCAUUGCUUUCCCAUGCUUUUAAAUGCGAAAGAGCAGCAGCAGCCGUUGCAAAGAGCCCGCCGCAAACUCGCCAAGGGUCACGGAGAAGCUCUGGUAGUCACACGACCCGACGAUGACCCAGCUUUGGCACCCGUGGAGCACCGAGCAGCUAAAAAUGGUCGGCAAGUGGCGAUCAACCUCGACAGCGAGUCGUCGUCGGGAAUCAAGAACUCGGUGGAUGACAUCCAGAAAUUUGCCCACGUGCUUCAUGGACUAGAAGAGCUUCUUCGCAACUCCGACAUAAAGAACGAUUUUGACGUGGAUUCGGCAUCAGUUCGAAGUACCGAAGGGGAGCGGAUCAAGUAUGACCCCAAUUGGGAAUCCAUCGAUUCUAGACCGCUGCCAAAUUGGUAUGACGAAGCAAAAUUUGGCAUCUUCAUUCACUGGGGAGUAUAUUCCGUGCCAAGCGUCGGGACCGAGUGGUUUUGGUGGAACUGGAAAGGUGCUUCAAAACCAAGCUACGAAGCAUUCAUCUCGUUUUUGAUGUUCGGCUUAAAAUGGAUGCGACUGAAACGAGGGGUUAAGUACAUAGUCUUGACAAGCAAGCAUCACGAGGGGUUCACAAACUUCCCAUCGCCGUAUUCCUUCAACUGGAACUCCGUUGAUGUUGGACCAAACAGAGACCUUGUCGGUGAGCUCUCCAAGGCGAUUAAAACCCAUCGUGGCAUGAAAUUCGGCCUUUACUAUUCGCUAUACGAAUGGUUCAAUCCCUUGUACCAGAAGGACAAGGCAAAUGGAUGGACAACGAGAGACUUCGUUGUCAACAAAAUGACACCGGAACUCAAGUAUUUGGUGGAAACAUACCAGCCGGAAGUUAUUUGGUCGGACGGCGACUGGGAACCGCAGUACACGUACUGGGACUCUCCCGGGUUCCUGGCAUGGCUGUACAACGACAGUCCGGAACUCUGCAGCCUCACAAGUGGGAAAAUUGUUGGACAAUCGACAAACAAUCGUGGGGUUAUCGAAGGAACGCGCACAUAUGGGAAUAUUGUGGAAACAUACCAGCCGGAAGUUAUUUGGUCGGACGGCGACUGGGAACCGCAGUACACGUACUGGGACUCUCCCGGGUUCCUGGCAUGGCUGUACAACGACAGUCCGGUUCGCGACACUGUCGUCGUCAAUGACCGUUGGGGCUCGACGAUGGCUUGCAGUCACGGGGGAUAUUACACUUGCACCGACAGAUUCAACCCAGGAACUCUGCAGCCUCACAAGUGGGAAAAUUGUUGGACAAUCGACAAACAAUCGUGGGGUUAUCGAAGGAACGCGCACAUAUGGGAAUAU